GCACACCAAAAAAAGCAUGCAUUCGCUGUUUGAAUUCAGCAGCCAAUCAAAAAGCGUGACUCACUAGUUCCGCUGACGUCAUAGCGCCCAGCCAAUGAGCGCGCGGCUGCUCGGCUUGCUCGACGUUUUGAAUUCGGGAAAGUGAGUUGAAUGCGGUUGGACGUAUAGUGCCUUGAUUAAAAUGGAUUUGAUGUUUAGACUCGUUUCAUAGUAUUGGUGUAACUUUUUGGAACAAACUUUUUUUUUCUUCGGCGCUAAACGGAAUAAGAGCCGCUAUUAUUACUGAGCGAUAACUUUGCUUUGUUCCGGUUGGUAAGUUAGUAGCAGAGUCGAAACUAGCCAGUGUGCUAGGUAGCUAACCUGCUUAGCUUAGCUGGUCAACCAGCCAGCUGAACUCUCGGUUUGGGCAAGUUCUCAACACCUUUUAUAACGGCUGCUUGCAGUUGAGCUCUUGAACUGGGUUGUGACGCCAUGGCCGACAACACUUUCGGGACGAUCCGUAGCCUGCUUGUGGACUCCUCCGUCUUUGACUCCAGGAUGGCCGAGACCUCCAAGGAGCAGACGUUCCUCGGCCUGACCUCGGACGACGCAGAGGAAAUGCUGCGGCGAGUGGAGGCCAGGGUUGUGCUGGUGAGGGAAGUGGGCGGAGAUGCUGCACUUAUAAAGGCGCUUGAGGCCAUCCGAGUAAUGGAAGUCCCGGUGGUCAAGAUUAAAGAAGGUGACCCGGGCUCAGAGUCGGCUGAGAAAUUAAUCAAAUCUAUAGUCAACAUGGACAUAAACGUCCCCUGUAUAAAGACAGACAAUGUCAGAGAGUUUGGCGAUGGAGAAAACGCUGAGUACGAGACAGUCUUUGUACUGAAGGACUUCCAGUCUCCUGACUACAGCUAUUUAUACAAAAAUGACAACCGCAUUUUGGGCCCCCCUGUGGUACUGCAUUGUGCUGGGAAGGGAGAGCCGCUGCCGUUCUCGUCCCGUCCUCUCUACUCCACCACCAUGCUCAACUUGUCACUCUGUUUCACUGGCUUCCGCAAGAAAGAUGAAGUGGUAAAGCUAGUUAACCUGGUGCAUCACAUGGGUGGCACCAUCCGCAAGGACUUCAGUACUAAAGUCACCCACCUCAUUGCCCAUUCCACUCACGGGGAGAAAUAUAGGUUAGCUGUGUGCAUGGGUACACCCAUCCUCACUCCAGACUGGAUUCAUAAGGCCUGGGAGCACAAGGAUAAUGUUGACUUCCAUGCGGGUGAUGAGGAGUUCCGUAUGGCCUUCAAAGUGCCGCCGUUUCAGGAUUGCGUUCUGAGCUUUUUGGGAUUCUCUGAGGAGGAAAAAAGCAAUAUGCAGGAAAGGACGCUGAAGCACGGUGGCCGCUUUCUGGAGGUCGGAGAUGAGAAGUGCACUCACCUGGUGGUGGAAGAGAACUCCAUUAAAGAGCUGCCCUUCGUGCCGUCUAAGAGACUGUAUGUUGUAAAACAGGAGUGGUUUUGGGGCAGUAUUCAGAUGGAUGCUCGAGCUGGAGAAUCUAUGUAUUCAUAUGAGAAGUCGGAGAGCCCAGCGAUGAAGAAGGCCGUGUCCCUUCUUUCUCUCACGACGCCCACCAGUAAUCGGAAGCGGCGGCGUCUGCGUGACACUCUGGCCCAACUCGCUAAAGAGACUGAGAUCUCGCCCUUCCCCCCUCGUAAGAGGCCCUCGGCAGAGCACUCGCUCUCUAUGGGCUCACUGCUGGACAUCUCCAACACUCCAGACACAUGCAAGGCCUUGGCAGAGCGUAGCGUGGAAGGCAGGCAUAGACCGAGGAAGCCUGUGAAGAGAAGGAGUGUGAGGGAGAAGCAGAGGAGGAGUAGGACAGGCAGAGAAUGGCCUUUUCCCUGUACCAGCACCCCGCAGCGCGUCACAGAGCAGGAUGCGCACCCUGAGCGCACGCACUUGGAUCUCUCACUCAGCUCCUCUCCAGAGUCAGGAGAGAACUCCAAACCUUCCAAAAGCUCCACACCUGUCCUGCCCAAGCAGUCGGCAAGAUGGCAAGUGUCCAAGGAACUUUACCAGACUGAGAGCAACUACGUGGAUAUCCUGGCUACAGUCCUCCAGCUUUUCAAGUAUCCACUGGAGAAAGAAGGGCAGGUCGGAGGCCCCAUCCUGGCUCAAGAAGAGAUUAAAACCAUCUUUGGCAGCAUCCCAGACAUUUAUGAAGUGCACACCAGGAUAAAGGCCGACCUGGAAGAGCUGGUUAUGAACUGGUCGGACGACAAGAGUGUCGGUGACAUCAUUCUGAAAUAUUCUGGAGAGCUGGUGAAAGCUUACCCGCCUUUUGUCAACUUCUUUGAAAUGAGCAAGGAGACGAUCGUGAGGUGUGAGAAGCAGAAACCCAGGUUUCACGCAUUCCUAAAGAUCAAUCAGGCUAAACCUGAGUGUGGGCGGCAGACGCUGGUGGAGCUGAUGAUACGUCCUGUUCAGAGACUGCCUAGCGUGGCUCUCUUACUCAAUGAUAUUAAAAAGCAUACCUCUGAUGAUAAUCCUGAUAAAGUCACUCUGGAAAAGGCCAUAGAGUCCCUCAAAGAAGUUAUGACCCAUAUAAAUGAAGACAAGAGAAAGACGGAAGGCCAGAAGCAGAUCUUUGAUGUGGUUUACGAAGUGGAUGGCUGCCCUGCCAAUCUUUUGUCUUCUCAUCGGAGUCUGGUGCACAGAGUGGAGACCAUUGCUCUAGGAGACAAGCCCUGCGACCGCGGUGAACAUGUCACUCUAUUUCUCUUCAGCGACUGCCUGGAGAUUGCCAGGAAGAGGCAUAAGGUGAUCAGCACCUUUAAGAGUCCUCUGGGGCAAACACGGCCACCUGCUCAGCUCAAGCACAUCACCCUCAUGCCCCUGUCUCAGAUCCGUAGGGUGCUGGACCUGCUUGACACUGAGGACUGUCAGAACGCCUUUGCCCUAGUUGUCCGGCCUCCUACCGAGCAGGAGAACCUCCUGUUCAGUUUCCAACUCACUGCUGACGACACGCUCAAGUCGACCUGGCUCAAGACUCUGUGCCGUCAAGUGGCAAACACCAUCUGCAGGGCCGACGCGGAAGACCUAAUUCAGUGCACUGAUCCUGACACCCUUCAAGUGAGCACGAAGGACAUGGACAGCACACUGAGUCGAGCCUCCAGGGCCAUCAAAAAGACAUCAAAGAAGGUUACUAGGGCGUUCUCUUUCACCAAAACCCCGAAGCGUGUGAUCCAGAGAGCUUUCAUGGCCAGCAGUACACCAGAUGACAAGAGCCCUGGCAUAGGCCUCGAUCAUAUGAGUCGAAUGAGUAGCAGCUCCACACUUGCUGCUGUGCACUCACCGUCGAUGGUCAACCUGUCGUCUGCGUUUGAGAGGAAGUACCACACAUUUAGCCGGUCAACCACUCACCUGAUCUGAUGUGUUUCCCAGCUCUGACUAAACAACACUAAAGAACUUCUACACAGUGGUACAGUGCAGUUCAAAGCACUGCUCUCUGACAUCCAAAUGAAGGAUCCUUCUCAUAAUUUGUGUUUUUUCCUGUGUUAAUGUCAUAUAUUUUGGGCACUUUCAUCUAACAGUUAAUAACUGACAUUUUUAGGCUAUGUUUUUUUUGUGUGUGUGGUUUUUUUUGUUUGUUUUUUUAGACAAUAGAUUUUCACAUUAUUAACCAAUUAAAGUAUUUAACGUUAUAUGGGGAAGCCUAUCUCAGCCACUUAAGUUUCCAGCUUUUAUAAAGCUACAAAAUUGAGUACUUUUAAUAUAAAUGCGAUGCAAUUAGAGAAAUGAUGGUAAGUCAUUGUAGUAAACCAUUGCUCAAGUUUCACAUAUUGUAGAAGUAUUUUUAUUUUAUUUUUUUUAAAUGGACUAGAUCGUUUGUUUAGAACGGGCAAAAAAUUCGUGCUGCAUACAGUGUGCAUAUU